CAUGCUCAGUCGGAUGAGCUGUUGGUCCGUUGCUCUGUGAGAACGUGAGAAACUGAGCCGCUUUUGUUUAUUUGUUUGUUUGUUGUUUUCUCCGGUAAACACGAUGGCUGGCACAGCGCUAAAGAGACUAAUGGCCGAGUACAAACUAUGGGAAAGCAAACAAUCCAUCAGCUGUUUAAAAAUGUGACUGAUACCGGAUCACAGCAGAGGUCAAAGGUCACUCAUCUUUCUGUGUUUGUGCUUCAGAGCUGACUUUGAACCCACCUGAGGGCAUCGUGGCAGGUCCAGUGAACGAGGAGAACUUCUUCGAGUGGGAGGCUCUUAUCAUGGGUCCUCAGGACACGUGCUUCGAAGGCGGAGUGUUUCCAGCCAUCCUCAGCUUCCCCUCCGAUUACCCCCUCAGUCCUCCAAAGAUGAGGUUCACCUGCGACAUGUUUCACCCCAACAUCUAUCCGGACGGUCGGGUCUGUAUCUCCAUCCUCCACGCUCCGGGCGAUGAUCCGAUGGGAUAUGAGAGUAGUGCAGAGAGGUGGAGUCCGGUCCAGAGUGUGGAGAAGAUCCUGCUGUCUGUGGUCAGCAUGCUGGCAGAGCCCAACGAUGAGAGCGGAGCGAACGUCGACGCCUCCAAAAUGUGGCGGGAAGAUCGAGAGCAGUUCAACAAACUCGCCCAGAAGAUCGUACGCAAGUCUCUGGGCCUGUAGAGAUGAUGUCAUCAGCCCGCGCCCUGUGUGUGUGUGUGUGUGUACAGCAGAAACAAAUGGCAUGGACAGACACACAUACACAGGGCGCUCAGCAUGGACAGAUCAAUAAAUAAACUGAUGGAUGGAAGCCGAUCAAAGGACACGAACCAAAUGCGAUGACAUCACCACCACCUUCACUCUGACAGCAGCAGCAGAAACGGCAUCGCCGCCAUACCUCGUCCGUCUCCUCUGCAGGACAAUAUUUAUCAAUAAAUUCAUGAAAAGAUCAAUUUAAACUUUGUUUGUAUAGGAUAGAAAUGAUGUUUUACCUGAAGCUCUUGUCCCAUGGGCGCCCCCUGCUGUGCCGCCUGGUGCUGUCAGUGUACAGUCGUCGACACAGAGGGGAGCCGGUCUGUAGUCCGAUCUGGUUUAAAGUUCAGGGAUUCAGACUGCUGACGGAUCGAAAGAGUCCUGGAACCGCAUUACCCCGCCCCGCCCCUUGACUCCUGCUUCCUGUUUCUGUUUGUUUGCUGCUGUUGGCGAGAAAUCGUUUCUGAUCUGACUGGUUGAUAAACGUGGACUCGGACUGGGCGUCCGGUCGGACGGAAGCACGUCGGCUUCUCUCAGCAGGACUUCAUGCACUUUAUGUCUUCCUGAAGGAGGACGUCACGAUGGUUCAGCUCACCGAGGAGCUGACGGGAGCGCAGAGCUUUAGUUUGAAGGGUUUCUUUGAAUUUGUCUGAUUUAACAAACGAUUAAUAAAAAAUACCAAGAGUAGA